AACUACAGACAUAACUAUAAUUGACAGUUGUAAGUUUUAUCGAGUACACACGGGUGUAUUUAUCUUUAGUGCUCGUGUUUAACAUAUGUUUGAAGAAGUUUGAAUCUAUAAAAUGUUUUCACUUAAAGCUGUUGUUAUAUUUCAAAUAUUAUUUUUUAUCUCUACGAAUGGUAUUUGUUACUCGAGUAACAUUUCCUUACCCGAAGAACAAUAUUUAUUUGAUUUUACAAAAUCCGACAAUGUCGAAAAUUGGCAAGAACAGUCUGAUACUGUUCGAGACGUUGGAAUGUCUAAAGCAGUAUUUGUGCUACAUCAGAACACUGCCUAUAGAAGAGCCAUAUUUUUCGCAUUAUUGAAUCCUCAAUUGAAUGGUGCUGGAUUCGCCGGUGUGAGAGCAAUUAAAACAUAUAACCUAACUGGCCAUACAAAACUGCAGAUUCAAUGUAGAGGACAAGGACAAUACAAUGGAUUCAAAAUGGUUCUGAGGCACAAAGGGUUAAAUGAUGAGCCUAAUUAUUCCUUUGAACAAUAUUUCCAGGGCCCCAAGGAUGAGUUUGCCGUACGUAAUUUGCCUUUCUCUGAAUUCAAAGCAUACUAUCGAGGUAAAAGAGUCAAUAACAACGAAACUUUAGAUAUAUCUCAAAUAACUAGUAUUGGGAUACAGAUGUAUGGAGGAGUCUAUCAACCUAUAAAACAAAAAGGACCAGCUACAUUAGAAAUUGAUUGGAUAAGGGCUGUAUGAAACAAUGUACAAGUAUUUUUAGCAGUAGGUAUAUUUUGUUUAUUUCAGCAUGAGAUUUGUAAACAAACCAUUAAAUAAACGUAAGUAAUCUUUAAAUGUGUAACGUCAGACCAACAAAAAGAUCGACGAAGAACUGAGCACAUUUCAAGUGUCGGCAAAACCAAAUUCAAAUUUAAAUUUUAUUUAUUUGUGAAGCCAAUUCCAUGCUUAACCUAUUGUAAGAACAUGUUGACGCAUACAAAUCAUUUCCAACCAUGGUUUUAAGUGCAUAAUAUGUACGCCCAACUUUUAAUGAACUGUUAAACAGAUAAAGAAUAAAAAUGUGUGCGUGUCAAAGGUCAAACCUUUCUUUCGUUGGUUGAGGAUGCGAUUAAGUGACGAUCAGAAUAAAUUUGCAAAUAAAAAAUAUUUACUGUGCUGAAACGAAAAAAUACCGUAUUUAAAUAAGCCUAGUUAAUGCGAAAUUUUAAUGUAAUGAAAAAAGGUGUUUUUUAAUGUAAUGAAAAAAGGUGUUUUUUAAUGAAAAAUACUUUACCACUGUUUAGACACGGCACUGUGUCGGCCAAGUAAUUUUGACUUAAUAAAAUGUAAAAGCAGACUUCCAAAGAACUAAAAUGAAUAAAAUAAUUUCACAUUCUGAAUUCAAUGAUCGAGACCGUGACGGAAUAAUUAAAGCUCCGACUUCAGAACACUAAAGUACCUAGGUAUAAUAAACUUACGUAAUACAUAUUACUUCAAUGCUUCAGGAUAGGGAUGUAACGGAAGUGGUUAUAUCGGAACUGAAUUCGGAAGCGGAGUUUUAAAUUUUGUUUAUCGGAACCGGAACCGAAAUCGGAACCGGAAUCCGAGGUGGAGGCAGAAGAUAUGUGUUAAGGGCAGGUCUAUUGCACUGUAUUUUUCUUUUCAAUAUCAAAUUUUUGAAUUUUUCGGAUUCAGUGGCAUGCACAGACUUUAAAUGACUUUUUAACGAAGUAGUCUUAUCUCCCUUUCGUGAAUAUAUCUUCUCACAUAGUUUACACUUUGCUGUAUUCUCAGAAAUUUCAUUAAAAAAUUCCAAAUAGUACUUGAUUUUGGCUUCAUUGUCCAAUUCAAAUAAAGUUGUUACACGUCAAAUAAAACACUACUAAAACUAAUCAAAAACUCGGAUAAGUAUAAAUAAAGCGCGUACGUACAACAUGCCAAUUGCCAAACACCAAACAAAACAUCAAGUUGAAGAGUAAUUGACAGAAGGCACGGGGGGAGGGAGGUUCCCGGGGCGACAAGUAUAAAAUUGUUUGUACACGCAGAUCGCGGCUCUCCUACAAUCAUCGUCCCAUCAGCCUCCUCAAGGCGAACUCUUCGAAUGAGUCAUCCUUACUCGCAUGAGGCUUCACCUAUUUCCCAAUGACGGUGAUCCUCUUGUCAUCCCCCACCAAUUUGGUUUCCGAGCGAAACAUUCAUGUCCCCAACAAGUUCACCGUAGUGUGGAAUAUAUCCUCAGCGGUUUCUAUCCUCGUCGUCAUAAGACCCGGAGAAGAGCUCAGCCGUUCACUUCGAUCAUAAACUACGCCGCCUCACUACCAUUCCGCCUAUCCGUAUACUAGGGACCCCUGUCCCAUGGCAUACGACCGCCAAAUAUUUAGGUGUCACCUUCGACACGAGGCUCACCUUCGGGCCCCAUGUCAAAAGAGUAACCCGCAACGCACGAUUCUAUCUGAGUAGGCUCAACAUUAUGCUGGGCCGAUACAGUAAAAUGUCCCUGCGAAACAAGCGAACCCUUUAUAAGGUCUAUAUACGACCCGUCAUGAUAUACGCGGGCGCUAUAUUUGUUAGUAAUACCAAAUAGUUCAAAACCACUUCUGUCGUCGAGCUACGAACGCACCCUGGUACGUCCGUAAGGCCGACCUCCAUCGAAACUUAAGAGCUCCCCUCAAUCCAACAAUUUCUAAAAACACUCUCUGAGAAUUUCUUCAAAGCCUCAGAGUCUCACUCCAAUCAUUUCAUUCGUGAGGCAGCUACUUAUGCAGCCCCAUUCCCCUCUCGCUGUCGAGUCCGCAGGCCGAGAAACUCUCUCGGACCCGCUAAACAAGCUUUCGGCCGACCUAAACUGCCUCCUGGUGUCUCAGGCCGACUCUUCUUAAUUUGCCUUAGUUAGGCUCCCGCUCCGCGGCUUGUCGCCGCCUGCGCCUUCUUUUUCCUAAAGAGGGUCGCUUCCGAGUCGGCAGAAAGGCCUCAAAACUCAAUGUCAGUCUCACAGGUGGUGUUUAGUGGGUAGGAACUUAGGUUAGGUUAUUCGCAGUGUGUCCAACAUAACCACGAAAGCCGGUUGUCGUGGUAUGCUUAGAGCAUUCACCACCUCCCUUCCUCGCUUUCCGGAGGGUAGCUCUUUUCAAUUGCUUCUGGGCGCAAAAAAAAAACUGAUCGCGGCCGCCGCCACCGCUGUGCAUCGGACUCCGGUAUAUAACUUCCGAUUAAAAUUUAACGGAACCGAAAUCGGAAUCGUAAGUGCAAAAUCAAUCGGAGUUCCGAACUUUCGGAAUUGGAAUCGAACCUCCGUAACAUCUCUACUUCAGAAAUUAGAAAUUAUUUUAUUCUUUUUAGUUCUUUAGUCUAUAUUUUUUAUCUAAAGUAGUUUUUUAUCAUUAGCUAAGGUUCUUUAUUUUUUGGAACUCCACAUCAAAUGAUUACACAUCCAAGGCAAUUAAAUAAGUGUAAAAAAGUGGCAUUUAAAUAAGAACACUUUUAUUAGAAAUGUUUUAAAAGUGAAACUUUUAUCUAAAUCUAUCUAACAUAUUACACUACACUUAUUUUGGACUAUUACAAAAUAACAUUUGUAUUUAACUGUGGCAUUAUUUAAAAGCAAAAUAAAUAAUUUCACUGAACUCUGGCGAUUUUCUACGGAACCCAUUUGAAGAAUCUGUUCUAAGGAAUAUCACAAUCUCAAUGUCGUACAAAUAGUUACAUCAAAACAUCACCCCCAAAUUAAAAUGGGACCACCCCUUAAAUAUAACUGUUGAAUAAAAAACCAAUCAUCGAAAACGGUUUACAGUUGACGAAGAUAUCGCCAUAACAUUAUGUUAAGCGAUAAAUUCGCGCUAGAAUUAGAACUGAUACAAGUAUAUUUCUGACAGAAUAUAAUAGAUUCGUUUACGUGCCCGUAAUGAUUUUUAACUAGUAUAAACUAUAUUUGUAAAUUUAUUGAUUAUACAUUACAGCAAUUAAGUAUUUAUUGUAAAUUAUAGUUAAUUAUUAGCUGUCUGCAGUUCAGACAAGUAGGAUUUUAUGUUUACAAAUAAUAUCUUGCUGAGGUGAACAGAAUAUAGAUAUUUAUUAAUAAGGAAAAUGGAAUGUUUUUUUCGAGUAAAUAAAAUGCAU